UAUGGGAUUGAAUUCAAACUUUGUCGUCUGCUGCAGGUUGGAAAAAUGUCAGAUCCUGAAAUUGUUGUCUCCGCCCCGGGAAAAGUCAUUCUGUUUGGGGAACAUGCAGUUGUUUAUGGAAGGAAAGCCAUUGCUGCCAGUCUGGACCUACGUACACAGCUGAAGAUCCACCUGAUACCUGACAGUACUGCGGUCACCCUCGAACUACCUGACAUCAGCCUGUCGAACACCUGGCAGGUGGCAGACCUGGCAGCUGCUCAACCAACAGGCAAUGUUGAUGUAAAGAAUCCCAGUCCUCCCAGUGACAAGUACUUGGCAGCUCUACACAGACUGGCUGGAACUGAUACUGACCACACAGACACCAGAACUCUGGCAUUACUGGCCUUCUUGUACAUGUAUACGUCAAUACACCACACAACAGUAAGGAAAUGUCCAGCGGGAAGAUUCCACGCAGCCUCCCAGCUGCCCCCAGGGGCGGGGCUUGGGUCGUCGGCAGCCUACUGUACAGCACUGGCAGCUGGGCUCCUGACUAUGUGUAAUGUCAUCAGUAGACCUGAAGGAAAAACGUGGUCCAAGGAAGACUUGGAGGUGAUCAAUGCUUGGGCCUUUCAAGGAGAGAAACUCAUCCAUGGCAACCCUUCAGGGAUUGACAACUCUGUUAGCACAUUUGGUGAUGCAAUCAGCUUCAAGAGUGGAAAAAUAUCUCCAUUCGAAAGUGUUGCUGCACUAAAGAUUCUGCUCGUCAACACCAAGGGACCACGAAGCACCAAAGUGCUGGUACAGGGGGUCAGGGAUAGAUACAACAGGCUGCCAGCCAUUAUGGAACCUAUCCUUGACUCCAUAGAGGAGAUAUCAUGUACAUGUGAGAGGGUGUUACUGGAGUUAGGUGGGAGUCCUGUGGAUGGGCAAGAAAACACUCAGGGAAAAAACUACCAAAUUCUUGAGGAGCUGGUUGAUAUUUGCCAGUGCUUGCUGAAUGCCCUGGGCGUGGGGCACCCAUCUCUGGACCAGGUCUCCUCCAUCACUGCCAAACAUGGACUCCACUCCAAACUCACAGGGGCAGGGGGAGGGGGGUGUGCACUGGUGCUGCUCAGGCCAGACACUGCUCCAGAUGUUAUAGACAAGGUGACAGCAGAACUGCGGGAUUGUGGGUAUGAUGUGUGGGAGACAUCCAUUGGUGCUACGGGGGUGUCACAACACAGUCAGCCAAAAUAACAACAGCAGAUAUUUAUUCUUACAUUCCUAUCAAGGGCUAGAAAUUAUCUUGGUAAAGUCAAACUUAAAUUAAGGUCAAUACAUUC